GUACACAUUAAUGCUGUCCUUGUCUGUUUGAGUUUAAAAGACAGUUUCGGCUGCCUGGGUUGCACUCGGACAGGAGCCAUCAUGGUGAGAGCUGUGGUGCAAAUCACCCUCUUUGGGUUGCUGCUGACUUUGGUUACCACACAGCCAAACAAGGAUGACUGGGACAUCUACAGCUUUCACAUCAACUCUACCGUGACCAGUCGUUAUGCCACCACUGUCAUCACAAGCCGCGUGGCAAAUCGUAUGGAAGAGUCAAAGGAAAUAGAAUUCCAUGUCCGGAUUCCCAAGAAUGCCUUCAUCAGUAAAUUCAGAAUGUUUAUGGAUGGGCAGGUGUACGAUGGUGUCGUGAAAGCUAAGGAGCAAGCUCAGCAGCAGUAUACUCAGGCUGUGUCCCGUGGCCAAAGUGCUGGGCUUGUCAGCUCUGUUGGACGGACUCUGGAGGAAUUUAAGACCUCAGUGACUGUGGCUGCUCACAAAAAGGUGACUUUUGAACUCACAUAUGAGGAACUGCUGAAACGUAAGCUUGGCAAGUACGAGUUGCAAAUCCACGCUCGCCCCAUGCAGCCGGUCAAAGACUUCAAGGUUGAUGUGUACAUUCAUGACACAGCCAGCAUCAGUUAUAUUGAGGUUAAAGGAGAUCUAAGCACCGAAGCCCUGGCUAAUGCUAUCACCAAAACACACACAGACAAACAGGCGUGGGUGUAUUUUUACCCCACAGAGGAACAACAGAAAACAUGUGGCAGCUGUGGCAAUGAGGGUAUGAAUGGAGAUCUGGUUAUUGUUUAUGAUGUCAACAGGGACACCUCACUGGGACACAUCACGAGCUCAAGCGGGUACUUUGUUCAUCACUUUGCUCCAUCUAGUCUUCCCCGCAUACCAAAGAAUGUUGUCUUUGUCAUCGAUCAAAGUGGCUCCAUGCAUGGCAGAAAAAUAGAACAGACCAGAAUAGCACUAAUCCACAUCUUGAAUGACCUGAAAGAAGAUGACUACUUUGGUCUCAUCACUUUUGAUAGCUCCAUUUUUCACUGGAAACGAAAACUUGUUCAGGCCACCAAGAGGAACCUGGAGAGUGCCAAGAACUUUGCACAGAAUAUUAAAGAUAGAGGAGCCACAGACAUUAACAGUGCAGUGUUGGAAGGAGCUCGUAUGCUGAAUGCAAAUCCCAGAGAAACUUCAGCAUCUAUCCUUAUACUUCUCACUGAUGGAGACCCAACCACAGGGGUGACAGCUCUCAAAACAAUACAGUCAAAUGCAAGAGAGGCCAUUGGAGGCAAAUUCCCCCUGUACUGUCUUGGUUUUGGUUUUGAUGUCAAUUUUGACUUCCUUAAGACAAUGUCGCUGCAAAACAAUGGUGUGGCACGACGAAUUUAUGAGGAUUCUGAUGCUGAUUUGCAGUUGAAGGGAUUCUAUGAAGAGGUGGCAACUCCUCUGUUGACAGAUGUGACAAUGAUCUAUCUGGGUGGGACCAAUCUAACCCAGACUAACUUCAGCCAAUAUUAUAAUGGCUCUGAGAUUGUGGUGGCCGGUCAGAUCACUGACAACAGCCUUGAUACCUUCAUCCCCCAAGUUGUGGCCAUUUCAGGGAAUAGAAAGAUGAUAUUUUCUGACUCAAACGCCACUGUGGAGUCUACUGGAGCAAUGUCUGAAGACCGCAUCCAAAGGGUUUGGGCCUACCUUACAGUCCAGCAGCUUCUGGAGAAAGAGUUGCAGUCAUCUGAAACUGAGAAGGAGAAAGUCAAGAAAGAGGCCUUGGAGCUGUCGCUGAAGUACAGCUUUGUGACCCCACUCACAUCCAUGGUUGUCACCAAGCCUCCAGGGGAGAACACAGAUGUGCUCCAUAAACCCAAGGAAGGUGAAACACCUGAGCUGGAGCUGGGGCUGGUGCAAGCUUAUCAAAAAGCGUCCUCACCCAGGUUGAUUGGUGGCACCUCAGUUAUCUCCAGAGUUCAUUCUCAUGGUUAUAGUCACAGCCCUAAAGCUCCCAGGAACAGGGUAAUGAUGCACAGAAAGCCCCCCCUAAUUGGAGGAUCCCGGGACUUCCAAUUACCACAUAUUUCAGGACUUCUUCUUCAAGGAGGAUUUGAUGCACAAAUCAGCCGUUUUGACAAUUUACCAGCCCCAACAGUUAUUGGUAAAGUAUCUCACAGAUCUUCUUCACCUAUACUGGCCAAUGACUAUGAUGAUGAUGUACAAAAUGCUGUUGCUGUAACAACUUCUUCACUAAUCGACGAAGAUGAAAGUCUGCCAGCCACAGCAACUAGUGUUCCUCUUGUCCACAGGUUUUUGCUAAAAACUGAGAAUCAGUCUCUUCCUCUAUGCUUUGAUGUCACUGGAAACAUGGGCCUUAAACUACUUCAUCAGCCCAGCAGGGAACUGUCUAUAAACGGAGAGCUUGAUUCGGAAGAAAAGGGAGGCUUCUCAAGGAUCGUCAUCCACUUCAGAACUGACCAGUAUGUUGAGAUUGACACCAGGGAAAUCAUUGUACACGAUGGACAAAGAGCGAUACACCACACUGGAGAGGAUCUCAUCACAGCUGGAAGUGUGACUGUGAUUAAGCGGCAGAAUGAAGUAGAUGUUGCAGCUGGAGAUAUCCGCAUUGUCAUCUUAUUACAAGAGAAGAGCGGGAUAGAAUUCCUGUGGCCGGUUUUGAGACAGAAGUCAUCUGACAACAGCACUGAAGGAAUUUUAGUUCUCAAGCCAGCAGUUUAUCAAGAGGUGCAACAAACUCCCUUAACAAAGCUCAUUAUCAAUGACCAGGAGAUUGAUGUUACCAGGUCCAGAGCUGUUGACUACAGCAUUAUCUUCCCCCCAACACUGGACUGCUGGCUCAUGUCUGCUGAGUCUGCCCUGCAGAGACCCCUGGAUGAUUUUAUCGUUUCACAAAUCUAACUGUGAACCAUGCUGAAUCACUUGAAAAGAUUUAAUUUUAAGUUGUAUACAAUGCAAUUUCAUUCAAGAAACAAUCAAGAAUUCAUAGUGACAUUUCUACAGCACAAUAGCCGUGCAUGGCAUCAACUUCAUCCUGAAUGCACAGGCUUGUCAAUGCUAAACACCAAUUCUACACUUUUAUUAUUCACAUAAAAUUAAAAAGUUAAAAUCAUGUAGUUACAAAUAAACUUAAUUUUCAGUGAUAA